AGACCACAGUCUCACUCUCACACUCUCACACUCUCACUCUCACACUCUCACAGUCCCUCAGUCCCAGGAAGGUUUAGUUUGUGCUUCAGGCUGGCUACGCUGCCGACUCACCGGAGCAGCCUUCAUUCCCUCAGCCGCCCCACAGCGCUCGACUCCCGGCUGACUGACACCCAGGCUGCCCGCUGCCACUCCUGGCUGACAAGCACAGCAAGACCAUGGCCGACCGCUUCGACUGCGACAAUUGCAAGGAGUCCUUGUACGGCCGCAAGUACAUCCAGUCGGACAGCAGCCCCUACUGCAUCCCCUGUUACGACAGCCUCUUCUCCAACACCUGUGACGAGUGCAAGGAGCUGAUUGGCCAUGACGCCAGGGAGCUGUUCUACGAGGACCGCCACUACCACGAGCACUGUUUCCGCUGUUUCCGCUGCGACCGCUCCCUGGCGGACGAGCCCUUCACCAACCAGGAGGAGGCGCUGCUCUGUAACGACUGCUACUGCAACGAGUUCUCCUCCAAAUGUGUCGCCUGCGACAAGAUCGUCAUGCCGGGUAGCAGGAAGCUGGAGUACGCGGGGUCCACGUGGCACGAGGGCUGCUUCACCUGCCACGCCUGCGAGCAGCCCAUCGGCUCCAAGUCCUUCAUCCCCGAGAAGGACGAGCACUACUGCGUGCCGUGCUACGAGGACAAGUUUGCGCCGCGCUGCACUCGCUGUAAAAAGACCCUGGCCAAAGGUGGCGUGACCUACCGGGACGAGCCGUGGCACAAGGAGUGUUUCGUGUGCAGCAGCUGUAAAACGCAGCUGGCCGGCCAACACUUCACCUCGCGGGACGAGAACCCGUACUGCCUCAAGUGCUUCGGCAGCCUCUACGCCAAGAAGUGCGAGGCCUGCAGCAAACCAAUCACAGGUUUGGGGGGGGGCAAGUACAUCUCCUUCGAGGAGCGCCAGUGGCAUCAGCCGUGCUUCACCUGCUCCCAGUGCUCCGUGUCGCUGGUGGGCGCCGGCUUCUUCCCCGACGGCGAGCGCAUCCUGUGCCGCGACUGCCACAACAGCCUAUAAACAUCCGCCUCCCGUCAGACUUUUUUCUCCUGCAGGAGCCAAAGUCUUGGAGGUAACACGGGAAAACUCACGCAAAAACCACACAAACUUCCUUGUGCUGUUUGGACCAAGCUUUCAUCAUCAUCAUCAUCAUCAUUGUUUUUAUUUUUGUUUUGGCAAUUGCAUUCUGUCACACAUCGCCACCAUCAUCUUUAUACGUGCAUCUUGACCAAGGCGUUUACAUUAUAGCAACACACCCAAAUGUUACUAUUUUGUAGGGGAGAAAACAAAUAUUACCAGCUUUAUAAUAAUUAGCCUUAUAAAGGGUGUAUAAGUUGUUUAUUAACUUACUUGUUAAUGCGUCACACUGUCAAUAUGGGGUAUUGUGUGUCGAAUUUGGAGGACAAAAAUGAAUUAUUCCAUUGUGGAAUAAGGCUGUAACAUAAAAUGUGUAAAAAAAAAGUGUAGUUUUUGGAUUACUUUUAAAUGUUCAUAAAUUUGCAAAAAUCUCUGAAAAAGAAAACCUUUUUUUUUUUCACACUGUCAUGGGGUAUUGUGCGUCCAAUUUUGAGGACAACAAUUAAUUAUUCCAUUUUCUGGAUUCACUGUAUAUUGCUAUUAGCCUUAUGAUCAGGUUUAUAUUACCAUAUAGCUCAAAUAAAAUAGCUACUUUUAAUAAGUAGUUAAUAAUAUUUAUUAAUCUUUUUAAAAGUGUUUAACAGCAUUACAAACCUACUUAUAAACUAUCUCUAAACCCGUUAUACGCGUACCUUUAUAAAUGGUUUCCAAAUGGGUUAAUAACUAGGUUAGUAAUGUUUUGUUACAUCUUAUGUUACAGCCUUAUUCCAAAAUGGAAUAAUUCCUUUUUGUCCUCAAAAUUCGACACACAAUACCCCAUAAUGACAAUGCCAAAACGUUUUUGGAUUACUUUUAAAUAUUUGUAAUUAAUUUGCAAAAAUCUGUGAACAUUUUUUUCCCCACCCCUCCCCCAACACUGUCAUUAUGGGGUAUUGUGUGUAGAAUUUUGAGGACAAAAAUUAAUUAUUCCAUUUUAGAAUAAAGCUGUAACAUAAAAUGUUUUUUUUUACCAUUUGUAAACCCUUUAUAAGAUAUUAUUGUCAUGAUCAUUAAAGUAAAUUUGCACUUUUGGACUAUUAAGAUGCUAACAAGUUGCAUGCACAUAAAAUUCACAAAAUACAAAAAAAAAAAAAAAACACGGCACAAAACCACUUUUUUUGUCAUUUAUCUUUCCUUUUUUUUCAUUUAAAUUAUUCUGCCUUAUUAAUUCAACUCGCUCUUAUCACCGUUUUUGCUUUGGGAACCUUUUGAAGCAUGCUGGCGCUCGCCCUGCAAUACCAGUGUGUCCCUCUAGAGGUGCUGGGGAGUCAAAAGAGUGCAAAACAAAACACUGAAACGUGCGAAUGGACGACUAUUCAUAUUUGUUGAUUCUACAUAUAAGUGGCCAAGUUCUGUUCGUCAAAUUUCAGGUCCAGUUAGCUUGCUCUUAUACUUAAAAACACAUGCUGGUACUAUGCUGCCCCCUGUUGGUCCGGAGCCUUUUCUACAAUUUUCUACAGCAAGUAUAAUCCUAAAUAUGCUCCUUUUAAUUUGUUAUGUCAGAGUAUGCAUGUUUUACUUUCUUUUUGUGUAUUUGUCCUAUUUUUGUCUCUCUUUUUUCAUAUUUUACUGUAACAAAUGUGACAAAAGUAUUACAAUAUAUAUAUACAUAUAUAUAUAUAUGUAUGUAUGUAUUUCAUCAUUUCAGCUUUGAUGCUGGUGAGUCAGAGUUGGCAAAUGUGCUUUUUUAAAUAAAGAAGAAGAAGAGAGAAACGCCAUGGAGCCGUUUUAAGGGUUUGAUGUUAUUGUAAAUGUUCAUGCUUCAAUGAUGGCGAGUUUUGUGUGUCGGUGGAUAAUAAAGGGAGGAAAAGAUUAUUGCCGUCUGUCUUGUGUUCUUCAACUGAAAUAUCUUUCAGGAGGUCAGAACUGAUUUUCACGUUGGGAAGGAAAAAGUCUUCUAGUCUUUUGAAUAAAACGUACAAAAACCCUGAAGUGGUGGAAAGUGAAACUUUAACUCAUUUUCCUGUGAAAAUACGCCUCCUAAGUUCAAAUUUAUGGAGG